AUGGAACUUUCGGACGGGAGUUUGGUUCCCGUUGUGGAGCUUGCGAUAAAAACUAAGAGGUCUUUGUGGCGCCAAAUGACUGACCCCGAGUUCCAGGACGCCCUGGACAUCAUCAUCAUCAUCAAUGACAGCAACAUCGGUGUUGGCUUUGAUGAUGAUGAUGAUGAUGAUGAUGUCGAGGGCGUCCUGGAACUCGGGGUGAACAAGUCCCCUCCAUCAGUCAUUUGGCGCCACAAAGACCUCUGA